UGGCGCGUAACGUUCAACACAACGCACACCACAGUCAACCCCCAAAACAAAAACAGCAAAACAAAAAAAAAGAUAAUAACGACUACUAUCUGGUCCUGGGACAAACAGGAUGCGCUCGAGUGACCCUGCGCACCUGUUCGCCAACGACAAGUGCCACGGACAAUAAUGAAAUUUCCCGGGCCCACGUUUGCGAUUGUGUGCGUAUGUGUGUGUGUGUUUGUGUGAAAUUUUCUUGUAAUUUAUGCAAAGCAUAAGCGAAGGCGGAAAAUUCAACUGGUGUCUCUUUGGGCGGCUUUGUUCCUGUGCUGGUGGGAACUGGCCAUAGUGAAAACUCCCAGCCAUAAGCUGGAAUAACUGAUAGCCCACAUUUACGUCCAUGGUUUGUGCCACACGAUCAUGCUGAUUGUGGACAUGUUGACGCUGGCAUUGGCAAAUGAGCCGAUAUGCGGCGGUGGCAAAAUGAGAUCCAGUGGCAAGGAUAAUCAGGCGGUUGGAGCAGCAGCAUCAUCUGUGGCCAAUACAACUGGUGGUGGACUAGGCCCAAACUGCGGGCAUUCGAGCCACUUGGCAUGCGAGGCACGCAACUCACGCGACAAUGUUGCUGCCGUCCAUGACGAGCUGCGUCAGCAGUGCCACUCGGCGAUAGUUGCGGUGGAGGCGCGUGCGCGUGCUGAAUACACUGGCAACAACAAGGGCGACAGCAACAACAAUAGAAGCAGCAGCAGCAGCAAGAACGCUAGCUGCAACAACAGUAGGAGCAGCAACAACAGCGACAUUAGAAGCAACACUAGCUGCAACAACAGCAGCAACAAUACCAACAUUAGCUGCAACAACAGCAGCAACAUUAGCUGCAACAACAGGAGCAACACUAGCUGCAACAGCGACAACACUGGCGACAACUCAGCAACGGAAGUGGCCACGAAAUGUGAGUACGCGCAACUCGAGCAUGAGAGGCAGAGCGUGAGCGCAGGCGCAUACCUGCAACCACCCAAUGUGACAGUUAGCAGCAGCAGCACCAGUGGCAACAACAACAACGGCAAGAGGGGGAGCAGCGCCUGCUCAAUACCUACAAUUGGCAGUGAGCUUUUCAAAGCCAACCUUGUGGCAGCAGCAGCAGCAGCAGCAGUCGUCGCAGCUGAGCAGCAGAGGCAGCAGCUACACAAGUCAGCAAGCAGCAGCAGCAGCAGCCAACCGUCAACGAAUUCUGGCCAAAAGCUGUGCAAAUUGAUUGAGUCCAGUGAAAAAUCGGUGGAAAUCAAUUGCCCCAGUCCUUGUGGCAUACGCAACGUGCCAGAAAGUGGCCAAAAGUCCAACGAAAAGUCGUCGCAAAGCGUUGGCCAAACUGGCGACGAUAUUGGCAGUCACAACGACGACAACGAUACCAACAACGACAACAACCACAACCACGACGACGACGACGACGACGCGCGACGUACAGAAAAAUUUGUGCAAAAAAUCAGGCAAAGCGCGUUGCCUGCUCGCGGGCCACAUCAUUUUUUUUAUCCCAGUGAAAGUGUUGAGAUAGAUGCAGCAGCAGCAGCAGCAGCAGCAUCAACAGUAGAAACAGCAACAGCAGUAGCAGCAGCAGCAGCAGCAACCUUAAGCUCCAAAAAGGAGCAGCAGGAGGAGCAGCAGGAGGCGGGGCAGGCGCCAUUGUCAUUGCCAUAUUCUCAGUACCCUCCCUGCUCCCACGAUAACCAGCGAACCCACGAGCUACCAGCCAGCAGCAACUCAUCCUUGACUGGAUGUGGUGGCGUUGAUAAUGUCGCUGGCAUUGCUGCUGUCCGCCCACAAAAAAGUUCCUGGCCUCUGGAUUACGUGAGGAGCAGCAUCCCAGAUACAGCAGCAACAUGCAAUGACAACGGCAACCAGUCAAAGCCCAGCGAUUUAAGUGCAACAUCCGAGGAGAAGCUCAUCGAUUGCGAGUCCUUGGUGGGCGAUACAGUGCCAACAGCAGCAGCAGGAGCAACUGCAGCAGCAGUAGCAACAAGCUGUAUUGAGCAGGAUCUCAUCGAUUUUGAGCACGAUUUGGGCGAGGAUUUUGUGGCCAGUCAGCGCUUAAAGCGACUGCAAUACAAUUUUCAGGGACGCGUGGCCAGUUGUAGUAGCAUUGAUUGUGUAAAGGCAUCCUUGAGACCACAACAACAAAAGCAGAAGGAGCAAGAGCAGGAGCAGGAGCAACAAACAAUAAGCAUAACAAAGAAACUACCCCCAGAUACCGAUAGCGAUACCAGCCAACAACCCCAACUCCAGUGCCCCAGCCAAACGCAGCUAGCCCAAACCCAAACCCAAACCCAAUCCACUCAAGGCGUAGACAAUAAGGCGAUUGCAGCAAUUAUCGCGGACCCAAGUGCAAUUCAAUUAAAUGUGGAUGCCAUUCUCGCAGCGCCAUUGCCAAAUGAAAGCGAAACAACAGACAGCGACAGACAAACAGCUGAAAAUCCCAAGGAGCAACAUUUCGUGCUGAAUACGCACUCCGAGUGCCCAGUGCGCAGGAUCGAGAAGGCGGAGAAGGAGGCAGAGGCGGAGGCGGAGGCGGAGAGCCAUAACCAGAACGAGAACCAGACCCACAACCAAAACCAGAACCAGGACCAAGUGGUGAUUGAAAUCGAAACGGAUAGCGAGGAGCACGUCGCUUCCACGGAGGAUUGCUUGAGGCGCUCUGCCUUUGUGCCAGCUCAGCCGAGUUGCAAGGAGGCCGGUGAUUUUGGCACAUCGCUCAGCGAGUUCGAUGUGCAGCGAUUUAGCGAGUAUCUAAAGGUCGCCCGCCAAUUGCAGUGGCAACAUUUGAAUAGCAAUAACCGGAACCGGAAACAGCAGGAUAUCGCUGACACCAGUAGUUUCCAGUGCUACGACGAACUGCUGGCCGAGUUCGUUAGCGAGCAACAGGAGUACUUGCUAUUCGAAAGCUAUUCCGAUUGCGAUACGAACUCGAAUUCGAAUUCGAAUUCGAAUUCGGAUAGCCAGGAGGAGUUUGAUUGUGGAAGAGCCUGCCAGUGCCAUGAGUGCCUAGCCAGUCGGGAUCAGAACACGUCCACUUGCGCCGCCAGAGGCAUCGUUAGCGUUACAGCAGCCCAUCUAGAACGCCCGGAUCAUCGAUUCAUCCCACAUCCCACCCACCUGACCAACGGCAACAAGAUGCGCGAGGUGAAUGGUCAGUUGCGCGGCCUGCUCAAGAAGCCAAAUCGACCGCCGCCGGCACGCAAGAAUCGCGUCGUCUUCGAUGAGACGCGCAACGAGUUCUUUGAAGCGGACUACAUAAUCCUGAUACGCGAGGAUUGCGCCUACGACGAGGAGGACGAGGAGCCAUGCACCUGCGGCGAGCACGAGCUGGUGCGUCUGUGCUGCGAGGAGGGUUGCCAGUGCAACUAUGCCGUCAAUCCUGCCGAGGCGGGUGAGGGCAGGACGCCACAGAGUCCCAAAUACCAGCCGCCAAUUGAGUUCGUCGACGAUGCGGCACUCAGUCCGCCCGAUGGCUACAAGGACAGCAGUCUGAAGAACACGCUCGGCGGCGCCCUGAGCGGUCACAUCUUUGGGGCGCAGCACCUGCAGCAGCUGCAGGUCAUCCAGCGGCUGCAGCAGCAGCGUGCCGCAAUGCUGGCCGCCCGCAACACCACAGGCGGUCAGAUACCGCCCCCACCCCCGCCCGUUGGCACUGCUCAGCAACAGCAGCAGCAACAGCAACAGCAGCAGCAGCAGCAACAGCAGCAACAACAGCAGCAGCAGCAACAGUCGCAUCAGCAGCCGCAUCAUGGAGCCAUGCAGCAGCAGCAGUCGGAGGAGGACCUCCAGGGCGUUUGCACCGAGUGUGCCGAGUGCGCCGAAUGUGCGGCCAAACAGCUCCAGGAAGCAGAAUGCAGCUCCCCGCAGUGUCCGGAGGAGAUGACCCCACUGGGUGUGCCCGCUGUGGCCAUUCUGCCGCUGCACACCAGUUCCCCGGAGCGCCGGAUCACCCAGAAGGAGAUCAUCGCCGGCGAGGAGCGGCCCAAAUACGUCCUGCAAUCGCAGUACAAGCCAUCGCCCACUGGAGUGGUGAAAGCUAGAAAGGAUUCGGGCAGUAGCAAGGCCAGUUCCGGAUCCAUCUCCGGCUCAGGCUCCAGUUCCGCCCAUGGAACAGCCACCCAAGUCCCGGUUCCCGUUCAAGUUCAAGUUCCAGCUACGGCCAUCAGUAGCCAUCAGUCCUCGAAAAAUAAGCGAUUUGUUGUUGAAACCAUUACCACUAUGACCACAGUGACCGAGCGUCGGAUCAUCCGCGAGGCGCACGAGGAUGUGGCAACCGCUGGAUCCGCCCCUGCACCUGGCACCGCCGCGCCAACGGUUGGAGCUGCGUCCGCCACUGGAGCUGAUGCAUUACCGCCCGCCUUGCCGGCCAAGGCGAGUGCAACAGCAGCAGCUGCAGCAGCAGCCGCCGCAGCAGCAGCAUCGGCAACCGCAUCCACAUCCACAUCCGCAUCAGUAUCCGCAACGGAACAGCAACAGUUCGAGGCACAGAAACCGCCACCCAUACCGCCCAAGGAGACAUCACCCACGCAGAUCAGCGGCAUCCUCAAGGGCGGCAAACUAUGGAAGCAGGACUCGAUCUCACAGCAGUCGGAUGACCAGAACAAUACCACAUCGGAGGACGAGAGCGGUGGCACCAAGCGUUCGGUGCGGUUUGUGACCGAGGAUCAGGCGAAUGCCGGCACCGAUAGCGAUGGUCAGUCCCUGGCCGGUGACCUGGACGACAGUGAGAACCAGAUCAACGAGCUAAUCCCGAUCAAGAAGCACUCGACGCUCUUCAACAACGCCCUGCGUCCCAAUUCGGCGGUGCGCCAACUCUUCCCGAGCGUCUCGGCUCAUCAGGCACCGGUGCUCACCUCGGAGGCACUACGGGCCUUCGAUGAGUCCAAGCGGGCAGGCUGCCUGGUCACCCACUUGCCUGGAAGCUGUGGUGACUCCGACACCUUGCGGAGGAGCAUGGAGCGCAAUAUACUGCGACGAUCGCUGAUUAAAAAAAAGGCUGUCAAAUCGGACAUUUCGCUGGAGGAGCGCAUCAAGCAGCUGACCUGCGACAUCGACGAGGAUCUAGCCGAGGAACUGCAGCGGGCUGUGGACGAGGAUGCUGAAUCUGUGGCCGAACGUGCCGAUGAGUUGGCCCAGCGCAACAGUCCCGCCGGCGAGGAGAAUCCCAAUCCGGUGCCUGGUUCUGGACAAGCUCACAAGUUCGUCAAUGGCGAGAAGAGCUUCUCGCCGAGCAGCUCCGUGUCGAGCUCCUCGAGCGGAUCGUCGGCCUACAAGAAGAUCGCUGACAUCUUCAACCGCGACAAGAAGCAGGAGAAGAUCAUGGAAAUGGAGGAGAAUCCCAUAGUCAUCAUACCACAGGAGUGCCGUUGUCCCGCUGCUCCGGACUUGGGCAUGGGCAUCCAGGUGCCGGUGGUGCACACGCAGAUCCACCGCACUCCGCCCCGCCAAACGGAGCCGAAGCGCCAGUUCCUCUCCUCCACUUUGGCUCCCCUGACCGCCUGUGUGGCUGGGAACAAGGACGACCUAUCCUCCUACUACACAUUGGCCGCUGCAGCUGCUGCUCAUCCGCAUGCCCAUGGCCACGCCCACACGCAUGCGCAUGCCGCCCACUAUGCCGCCGCCGCUGCGGCGGCUGACUUUAAUAUGGGACAGCUACUGGGUGCGGCUGCAGCCGCUGCCGCCUCUGGAGAUCCCGCUGCCCAGCAUGCGGCUGCCAUGGCGGCGCAGGGAUUGGCCCAAGGAUUGGCUGCCGCCGGAGGUGCUGGGGGAGCAGGAGGACUUGGUGCCGGAGAGGAUGCUCGCAAGGUGGCACCCGAUGUGAUUGCCGGAACACCGGGUCAGGAGGCCGCCGGGCGGCAGGAGCAGGACGAACUGGCCGCCUUUGCCCAGGCAGACGCCAAGCGGACCGAGCAGCUCAAGAAGCGGUACACGGGAGCGGGCUCCGAGCCCAGUCAAUCGCAGGCCAGCAGCGACGAUGACGAGCAGAACGACUAUGGGUUCAACAAGCGUCCCUCGGUGCGGGGCAUCAAGCCCAAGUUCAGUUCGACCAACGAGAUCCUGGCCCAGAUGCAGGAGCAGCUGAGCGCGGCGAUACCCACGGUGGUCAAUAGCCAGCCCGUGCAGCAUGCGGUCAAGGGUUAUGCCAUGCCAAAUACGCUCAAGCAGAAUCCCUCGCCGCAGAAUGUGCCACAGAACUUGCAGCAGCAGCAGCAGCAACAGCAGCAGCAACAGCAGCAACAUCAGCAGCAGGCGGUGCAUCAGCAACAUCAGCAGCAGUUGCAGCAGCAAAUGGCCGCCGCGCUGCAGAAAACGGAGCAGCGAACGUGGAGCUUCUACAGCGAGACCGGGGAACAGCAGCGCUUCCCCAUGGAUGCGGCUGCCAUACAGCAGACCUACUACCAGACCCUGCCCGCCGGCACCAUGUUCCGCCAGACGAUGAUCCAGCAGGGCGCCACUUCCGCCGGCGGUGCCGAUGAUGCAUCACUGCUGUACGCCGCCGCUGCAGCCGCCCAAAAUUGUCAGAGUGUCACGGCGACGGCAACGGCCACCGCCACCGCCACGGCCAUCGAGCAGAGCAAGCACAGCAGCUACAGCAGCCACUUCGCCAGGAGCCCCACCCGGCGGCCAGAGUCGCCUCCCCCGCUGCGCAACUACCAUCAGACCAUGGUCCUCAUCCCGUAUAACGCGGAGACCUACUCACAGUUCGCCGCCAGCAGCAGCGGCGAUCCCAAGCUGGCGCACAUCCAGCGCCAAAACAUCCUCGAGUACCAGCAGGUAACCCAGCAGACGAUUCGUGUGCCCAUUGGCUAUGCCCUGCCCGGCAUGCAGUUGCAUGUGGUGAGUGGGCGUGGCCAUGCCGCCCACUAUGCCCAGCACCAGCAGCAGCACCAGCAACAACAGCAGCAGCAGCAGCAACAGCAGCAGCGCCUGAUGCAGGGACACUAUCAAUUUGGACCGGAUGGCGGAAUGCCAGGAUUCAGCGAGCGCGGAGUGCCCGAAGGAGCGGCCGCCGUAUCGCACAGCGAUUGCAAUGCCAUGGUGUCGCCAACUUCGGCCGCAGCAGCGGUACAGCAACAGCAGCAGCAGCAGCAACAGCAGCAGCAGCAGCAGCAGCAGCAGAUACAGCAGCAGCAACAACAGCAGCAGCAACAGCAACAGGUCGCCGGAGGAGUGGGUGUGGGCGCCCAGGCCCAGGGAUCCGUGUACUAUGCGAUGAACGUAUGACCCGCGCUCGAAUAGUCGAUGCCAGCGGCGGUCAUUGUCGAGCGCCGCCAGUGUCAACUUGUCGAAAUGUCAGCGACUUCAGUGCAUUUGGGUAGCGGCGGCAUGGGCGGCAGAUGAGCGCCCGCCCCGCGGUAUUCCAAAUGCGAAACGGAGUCCGUGAUUGAGUCCUCGAGUUCCCAUCAGGUCCCAUCCGCUGAUUUCAGUUGCCCCUCAGUUGACCCUAGCGAGCGUUUUUGAAUCAGUUUGAUCUUCCGUUUAGGCAGUGUAUCUGUAUCUUUAUCUGUAUCUGUAUCUGUAAGCGUAACCGUAUCUGCUUUCGCGUCAGUAUGAUUAUCAUUAUCUGUAUCCGUAACCGUGUUGUCAGUAUCUUUGUGUCGCUGGACGUGUGUCUCACAAAUACUCCAGUACGGCCUGUCGCUACGAACCUUCAAAGCUUUCAAAUCUCUUGAGUUUUUUGAUAGAUGCAAGAAGAAUACGUUCUGAAGUGCAUAGAACACUUUAAAGCGUUUUUGAGGUGGUUUCGAAGCUCUUGAGGUUUUUAACACGCCCAUUAAAAUAGAAUUAACAAAAUAAACAUCUUAAGUUGGUGGUAAACGAUGCAGCGGCAUCAAAAUAAUUUUGAUACUAUGUGCAUCAUGGAAACGAAACUGCGGUUGCACCGUUUACAACCAGCUCCAUCAACGAGAUCCAAUGUGAAUCACUCCACGUUAUGCAAUGCUCCAAAAAGUAAUGUUUAAGUUCAGCCUUGUCGUCGAGGAUUUAAUUUAAUAGGUAUUAAUCUUUAGUCGAGUGUAGUGAAGAAAGGAUGAAAAUCUAAACCAAAACACAACCAAAUCACAUGAAUUUAUUUCGAGCAUGUACAUGCUGGGUGCUAGUAAUGCAAAAACAAAAACAACAACAACCGCAACAAAAACACAACAAAACCAAGAAAGAGUUAAUUAAGCUAUAAUGAUUAUAUUUAACAAAGUUAAACCCAAAACAAAGAUAUGUCAUAACAUUACUUUUAAUUCCAUUUUUUUUUUGCUGUUAGCCAAGGAAACCGAGUUUUGCUCAAUGAGAAGUGCAUUUGAUUUUAAACACAUCUAUUUAAUAACUAACAUACAUUAUUAUAUAUCGACAUAUGCGAAUGCUUAACUAAAUUAUACAUAAUUAAUUAUAUUUCAUUGAAUUGAUAUUAUAAGGUAUUUUCAAUGUAGUGCAAUUUGUUGCUAACUCCAAAAGUUCUCUUAGCAGAGAGUAUUAUAUAAAAACAUAAAUAUAUAUAUAUUUUAUGAGUAUCGAAAUUAUAGGACUAUUUUUAGGCUUAGGCUUUAUUUGUAUACAAUUUAGUUUUAAUUAUUUUUUUUCCUUAUGUAUAAUAAAUUAAAAGAAAUUUUCAACAAUUUUUGGUUUCCUACGCUUAAGAAAUGUACCGCCAUGUUUUAGCAUGGUACAUGUAAAAUCUAUAGGCGAACACAUCUAUGUGUACUUAUGCUUUGUAAGCUACAGUUUGUUUGGGUUUCAUUUGUAGAUCGAUCAGCCGGCAUCGCAUUCCACAUCUUCCACAUUCCACAGACCCUAAGAGAUGUACAUAUGUUGAAACCCUGGAAGAUUUCAUCACGAUUGUGCCUAAAAGUAUGCAAGAAACUGACAUCAUCAUACUUUUAAGCACCUAACAAGUUGUGUUGAAAUCUGCGGGUGAAACCACACAUCUCCGAUCGCCUUUCUCCCAAAGUGAGAGCAUCAGUGCCAAAAGCUUGCAUCCCAGACCUCUCUCAAUCAUCCCAUACCACCCAAUCAUCUCACCUAGUUGAUAGAGUUACCAUUUAAAUCGUGCAAUCAUACGAAAAAUGUUAGAAGAUACCACACAAAGUCACGAUGAACCGAGGAAAAUAUCGUAUCUCUUUAAAAAAAACAUAGGUCUACAUACAAAAACAUACAUACAUAGAUGUAAGUGCAUUUGUGCAUGCAUCCCGCAUACAAAACAUUAAGAUGAUAUACAGACAUACAUAUAUAAAAUAUGCAUAAUGUAUUUCGAUUCAGAUAUUGUGUUAAUGUCUAUAACGAACAUAUUGAAAACUAUUGAAAGCAAACACGAAUUAAGAGUGCAAUAAUGUUAAAGUGAAAUUACCGCUGACAGGAAACGGAAGCCGAAAAUGAUGAAAAAGGACAACGCAAUUCCGUGAGAGCGCACGAGCGAGCUAGAUAGUUGGUCGGCCAGUUAGACAGGGAUGGCGAGAGCCGAAAGAGACAGAGAUAGCGCGCAUAACGAAACAGUAGUCAUAGAUUUAAAUACACAGACAUUUACAGAGCGAUUAACUAUAAUGGAUAACUAAAGCGUGGUUAGGUGUUCGAUACUCAAGUUUUUUUUUUAGUUUAUUCUUCGGUUAAAUAUUUUCGUUGCACUUUUUCGCGGUUCCACUGAGAGAUUCCGACACUAGAAAUUGACUAGAAAACGCAGCGCGAUUUGCAUAUUAUAUAAAUACAGUUAGAGCCAGAUAGCGAGCGAGAGUAAAGCGAUAAAUUAUAAAUAAAUAUAUAUGUAUAUAUAUACAUACAGGCAUACAUAUAUAUAUAUACAUGGAUAUAUACUAGAUGUUUAUGUAAUACAUAAAUGGCAUUGAACGAAUUCCAAGCACAUUGCAAGAAUCCCAAAUCAAAAAAUCGCAUGAAAUUGCCCCGUACCUUUUGCGUUUUACUCCCAGAUGUAACUCAAUUUUUUCUAUGCAAAAGUAGUUGAAAAUUAUAUAAUGAAAACCGAUUAGAAGAACAAAGCAUACAUAUAUAUAUAUAUAUAUAUAGAGAGACACACAUCGACAGUAUCCUAUUCGAAUGAUUUCUUUGAGAACUUGAUUUGCGAUUUUGGAUAUGCAGCAAGAAAAGUAAAACCAACAACAGAAAAUGUGUAAGAAAUAGUAUAAAUAAGGUCGGAAAUUAAUGCCACGACAUUACGCUAUAUGUAUAUGCUCGGGGCAAGCAACAACAAAUCCAAUAAAACAAAGUAAUUAACAACAAAUAAAACGGAUGAAACAACCAAGAUUAUGUAAGCGAUGGAUCGAAGUAAGAAUUGAUGCGAACGGCACAAGUAUAUAACAAAUUUCAACAAGUAUAUGACUGAGCCAAUGACUCAAAGAUACAUUUUAAAUAAAAUGGAAAACCAGAAAUAUAUGAAAAAUAUAAAAACGAUAAGCAGGUGAA